AUGCAUCUAUCUAUCUAUCUAUCUAUCUAUCUAUCUAUCUAUCUAUCUAUCUAUCUAUCUAUCUAUCUCAAUUUGUUCAUAUCUAUCUAUCUUGUUCUGUUCAUAUCUAUCUAUCUAUCUAUCUAUCUAUCUAUCUAUCUAUCUAUCUAUCUAUCUUGUUCUAAAAUAAAUAUAUUCUUCCUAUCGAAAUUACUUGCAUCUAUCUAUCUAUCUAUCUAUCUAUCUAUCUAUCUCAAUUUGUUCAUAUCUAUCUAUCUAUCUAUCUAUCUAUCUAUCUAUCUUGUUCUGUUGAGAUCUAUCUAUCUAUCUAUCUAUCUAUCUAUCUAUCUUAAAAUAAAUAUAUUCUUCCUAUCGAAAUUACUUGCAUCUAUCUAUCUAUCUAUCUAUCUAUCUAUCUAUCUAACUCAAUUUGUUCAUAUCUAUCUAUCUAUCUAUCUAUCUAUCUAUCUAUCUUGUUCUGUUGAGAUCUAUCUAUCUAUCUAUCUAUCUAUCUAUCUAUCUAUCUAUCUAUCUUGUUCUAAAAUAAAUAUAUUCUUCCUAUCGAAAUUACUUGCAUCUAUCUAUCUAUCUAUCUAUCUAUCUAUCUAUCUAUCUAUCUAUCUCAAUUUGUUCAUAUCUAUCUAUCUUGUUCUGUUCAUAUCUAUCUAUCUAUCUAUCUAUCUAUCUUGUUCUGUUAACAUCUAUCUAUUUAUCUAUCUAUCUAUCUAUCACUUAGAAAAUAAAUAUAUUCUUCCUAUCGAAAUUACUUGCAUCUAUCUAUCUAUCUAUCUAUCUAUCUAUCUAUCUAUCUAUCUAUCUGUCACUCUUUUCAUAUCUAUAUUGUUCUGUUUCUAUCUAUCUAUCUAUCUAUCUAUCUAUCUAUCGAAGACAGUUUGGAAAUGGAACAUGUCAAUAAAGAAAGAAAAGGGUACGUAUAGCAAAAUAGUCACUCUACCUUCGUAUUUCUAUCAUUUUUUUUUUGUUUUUGCGUCUUGUCUAUUUCCGUCUUCCUGUUUUUGGAACAAGUUUACGGGCGCAAAUCCAGUAGACAAAAUUGAAACUCUCUAUUUAUUAUGCGGUGGCAUGUGUUGA